AUGACUUCAAAAACCAUCAUCGUGACAGGCGCUGGCCGUGGAAUUGGCCUGGCCAUCUCACAAUACCUCCUACAGAAGUCGCACAAGGUGGUGCUUGUUGCCCGCACUGAGAGUGAGCUCGAUGCUGUUAAGAAGCAGUACCCGUCGCAAGUAGAGUACAUAGCAGCAGACUUAACUGAACUAGAGAUCACAGACCUUGCUGUGAAGUUUGGGGGCCAGAUCGAUGGGCUCAUCGUCAAUCAUGGAGCACUGGAGCCCAUCAAACGGAUAGCGGACAGCUCAGUCGACGACUGGAAGAGGCUGUACGACAUCAACUUCUUCAGCGCUCUUGCUCUAGUACAAGCAGCCAUACCUCACCUUCGUCAGACCAAGGGCCGCAUCGUCCUGGUCACUUCAGGAGCAGCCUCCAAAGGUUAUGCAGCUUGGGGUCCCUACGGAUCAUCAAAGGCAGCCUUGCAUUCCCUCGCCCAACACUUGGCAGUCGAGGAGAAGGAUAUUGUUACCGUCUCUGGCAAUCCAGGCAGGACCGAUACGGGAAUGCAGAAAUUGCUGCGAGAACAUGGCAAAGGUCACAUGGAUGCUGCAGACCACGCCGGUUUUCUCGCUGUAUUCGAGGAAGGAAAGCUAAACAAGCCAGAGGGCCCAGGACGAGUCUUUGCGCAGCUCGCGCUGAAUGCUACGCCCGACUUGAGCGGUAAAUGGUUGCAAUGGAAUGGCCCAGAGCUGGCGGCGUUCCAGGGGGACUGA